AUGAAUGAAGCAGAAAGCCCAAGUUCACAAGCUCGGCACUUUGCAGGCGGCAGGAGGGACCUCGCGGCUCCGCUCUGAACUUUGACUCCCGUCGGUCCCGGCCUCUCCCCGGGGCUGCCCUCGGUCCGCUGCCCCCCCGGCUCCCUUCCCGCCCGGCCCCGCAGGAUGCAGAUCUCAUCCUUGCUGCUGGUGGACUUUUUUACUCGCGCUGCUCCUCCGUCAGGCUGGAGGCGAAUGCCGGCGUCUCAGCUCCCACAGAAGGCGUCCCGCGGGGUCGGCGGCGCAGCGAGCAGCGCGGCGGCGGGUCCGCCCGAGCGCGGAGCGAAGAAGGAGCGGGAGAAGGAGCGUGAGAAGGAGCGGAGCGGCGGCGGCGGGUUCGGGCCCGCGGCGAGCGCUGGAGGCGUCGGGGCCGAGGCGCGCCGCGGUGGCGGCUUGCGCGUGCUGCAGGACCCGCCGGGCCGCCGCCACAAGGGCCUCCAGAAGGGCCCUGGCAGGGCUGCUUCGCGGCUCAAGCUGGAUCGCAUCGGCGCCAUGAGCGGCCUCGGAUGCUGA